GAAUUUUUCGCGAACAAAAAUUUUCAAAACGAAAAGAGACUGAAAAAGUGAAACUCUGUGGAAAUUUGUUUAAAAUUUUACAAUGAGGAGUACCCACUACAAAGAAACUGAUACCUAAUUUACAUAAUUAUUGGUGAACUGUUGAAGAAAUCUUGAGAAACGACCUGUAGAAGUAUGGUAAACUGUUUGAUUUUUUUACCGAAUUUUUUAGAUUCUCAGAAACAUUCAUCAUUAUUAUUUGGAGUAGUUUCUCCGUAUAAAACUGGAAUUGCGAUUUACAUAUUAGGAAGUAGUUGCAGUCCACAAUGCAAAUUUUUAUCCCGCUAUGAAGUUCUUGGAGAAAUCUCUUCGAAUGGAUUUAAAUCAGCUAGAAAGAAUAAGUUCAAUUUUUGGAUUUCCAUUAAAUUCUUCCCAACUACUUCAAGCAUUAAGAAAAUAGCUGUCAAUUCAGAAGUACUUUCAUACGAUGUGACGGUGGUUUUAUACGACAAGGAAUCCAUUAAAAAGUCACCAUUACUGAACACUGCUUAUCGAAAUACUCAUCCGGAAGAAGCAGAUUAUUUAUUUUGUCUAAUUCAUAAUGUUCAAGAACAACCUGCGAUAUGUUGCGUGGAAGAGAAAAUCCGAGGAAAUUAUGCUUUUGUAAAUUUUUCGUUGGAAAAAUUAGCAUCUCUGCUGGAGUACUUGUUUCAUCGUAUUGGAGCAAACUGUUUCAAACGUUUAUUUCUUGUGUCAUCAUUUGGAUCGCAUUUUUUCAAUGUUCUGGAAACGUUUUCUUGCAUGCUUCAGCAAAUAUUAAAAGACAAAUACUUGAACAUACCUUUUAUGAAUUACUUUGUGGCGAGGAUUUGCGAUGCUCUAUUAGGACAAAUCAUCAUUUACUACGUUUUAAGUUACACCACAUCUGAUGAACUAUUCUCUGGGCUAACUCAAUUCCAAGAAUUCAUCGUCACUUGUCUUAAAAAUACAGUAGAAUGGUUGAUGGGAAGUCCAGCUGGCUUGAAAUUGUACUGUCCUUUGAAUAGCAUACUUGGAUCGUUUUGCCAAUUUCAUAUUUCUUUAUGGUGGACAUUUCUAAGUUUACUGAGCCCCUUUUUGAAAGUUGCGUUCAAUUUUUUUCUCUUUUUGGGAAACUUUGGAUUUUCGUUUCAAGUGUCCAUGCUAGCCGAUAUUUUAGCCAUCGUUAGCGUCCAUAUGUACUGCAUUUAUGUAUAUGCUUCAAGGUUGUAUUAUUUUCAGAUGAAAGGUUUGAAAAUUCUAUCUCGUUUGUUUAUUGGAAAAAAACGUAGUCCAUUACCAGGAAAUGUACAUUCAGAUCCUUAUACCACCGAGCAACUGCUGUUUGGAACAGUUUCUUUCACCAUUCUGUUAUUUUUAUUACCUACCACCCUAAUUUAUUAUGCUGUUUUCACAGGGAUCAGAAUAACACUAAUCUUUGCCGGUGGACUUCUUACUCGUCUGAAAUUUAUUAUGAACAUAUUUCCUGUAUAUUUGACGUUCCUUUGGUUUUACAAUCCAAUACUCUUGACUAGUACCAUGAGAGUAAAUAUGAAAGCAGAUUACUUUCCUGAUGGAACUUUAGUUAACCGAGUAAAACCAGUUUGUGAACCGUGGCGGAAAACUGUAGAAAUUUGUAUACCAAAAACCAUUAUAAAACCAGGAGAAAUUGAAUGGCGUAAGUUGACCGCAGAUGUCUUAAUGGGGAAUCUGAUAUACACCGUGUAGUUCGAUUACGUGCUAAAUACACUCGAAUGAAAGAAUUUUUAAAAAUAAUCUAAAAAUUGAAAUUCUGCGAUUCCUCUAUGAUGCUAUUUUAUGCGUUUCACUUUCGAGUGAAGAGAAGUUUACUAGGAAAUAAGAAACCAGACCAAAAAACAUAUUUACAGGAGUUGUUAGCCAAAACAAUCGAAAUGUUGGUGAGAUGCAUCAUUUUCCCUCACUUCAAGCAUUUUUUGAGUUUAAAGAGAAAUGAAAUAUGUAGGUUUGAAAAAUUUUCAUGUGAAAAAAAUUCUGUGUGGACUAUUGUUAAUUUUUUUGUUUCUAAAUGAAUUUUAAUAAGUUACCUAGUCAAUUAAUUGAUUAAGUAAAAAUGAAAUUAGAGUACUUUUUAGUUUUUAAUUCUAAUAGAAUUUCGUUCAUGGAAAUAAACUUUCGUUAUUGUGA